ACUGUAUUUACUGUCCGACUGGAAAAUUGUGCUGCUGUCAGAAAAAAGCUAACGCGCUACAAGGCUUUUGUAAAAAAAAAUAUUAUUGUUAUUAGCUCGGACCGGCGGGUUUCGGAAUUAGCAAAAUAGCGUGGCAGUUUUCGCAUUAAAUACAUUGAAACCUUAAUAUAGGCAGUAGUGAAGUGGAAUAGUUAAAUAAACAGCAACUGUAGUACAUGUGCGUCGCCGUUAAGGAGCCUGCUAUCUUCUUCGAGUCAUUAUGCAGCUGAUGUAAAAAUAGAAACAAUUGCAUAAUGUUAGCUUUGAUUUGACACAUUUGAUAUUUGACAGCAAAAGUGAAAAGAUGAUCGCUAUAUAAUGUUAAACAGAUCGACCCACUAGCUUAUUCCUUACCGUUUCUUGCUUUCUUGCAACAGCUAAGCUUUGCUAUCUUAGCUGGCUAGUCGAGGUGUUGUUGUUUACCAUCAGUAUGGACAGGGAGGCGUACCGUAACUGCUGCAGCCUGGUCAAAAUACCGAGGCAGUCCUAUGAACAGUUUUGGUCUUCACAUUUUCUAGAUUACAUCGACAAAGAGCUGAGCUAUUCAAAGUUUUUCAAGAAAUACCUGCUUCCCAAUCACCCGUGUAUGUUUUCGAGAAGGUUCACAGAGGACUGGAAGUGUAGGAAACAAUGGGUGUCUGAGGAGGGGAAGCCUGAUUUCCAGAAACUGCUGCAAGAUUUUGAUGAGACUCCUGUUCCUGUUGCAAACUGCAAUGCAAAGGAGUACAAUGCAAACCCUAAACAAGUAAUGCCUUUCAAGGAAUUUAUACAAUACUGGAAGGACUACAUCCAGAAUGGCCACUCAUCACCUAAAGGAUGUCUCUAUCUAAAAGACUGGCACAUGGCAAGAGACUUUCCAGAGCAUAAUGUUUACACCACACCAGUCUUCUUUUCUUCUGACUGGCUCAAUGAAUACUGGGAUACACUUGAAGUGGAUGACUACAGAUUUGUCUACAUGGGACCUAAAGGCUCAUGGACCCCGUUCCACGCUGAUGUGUUCCGCUCCUACAGUUGGUCUGCAAACAUCUGCGGAAGGAAGAAAUGGCUCCUGUAUCCCCCCGGUCAGGAGGAGUUUUUACGAGACACUCACGGCAACCUCCCUUAUGACGUAACAUCAGCCGAGCUUCGAGACAGAGGCCUUUUCCCACACUCCGACGAGGCGUGUCAACCUCUUGAGAUUAUUCAAGAGGCAGGUGAAAUCAUUUUCGUGCCCAGUGGCUGGCACCAUCAAGUUUAUAAUCUGGAGGACACCAUCUCUAUUAAUCAUAACUGGUUGAAUGGCUGCAAUGUAGACAUCAUGUGGCAGUUCCUUCAGAAUGAGCUAUCGUCUGUUCAAAAAGAGAUAGAUGAGUGGAGAAACACGAUGGACUCUUGGCAUCAGCACUGCCAGGUCAUUAUGAAAGCCUGCUCUGGUGUUAACUAUGCAGAAUUUGCCUCGUUCCUGAAAAUCAUUGCCGACAACCGAAUGGCUUUCCUGAAUGCUUGCUCCUCUGGGGAUCCCUCCGAUUACCCGCGACAUCUCUCAGAGACGCUCACCAGACUCGGACCUUACCACGCUGCCUUUGACCUACAAAGAGUGGCUCACGUAAUUGAAUGCCUGCUCUGCAAUGAAGACUUUAAGCGGCUCGAUCAUUCAUCGUUGACUUUGCAGCCAGAAACCAUGUUGCAGCAAAUUCGGGACACCAUACAAUCCACAAGGGGGCAGCAUCUCCUUUAUCAGGAAUAAGAUGUUCAGUGGCGUCUAAAUGUUGUUGUUGCCUGGGAAUGGCUUGAAUGAAAAGUGCCAAUUUGUAUAGUGCGAAAAGUGUUGAUAUGAAUGUUUGGAAUUUUUUUUUGCACUGAAAGAUGGAUUAAUAAAUAAAAAAAAACACAAGUUAA